AGGAUAUUAUGAGGGAAGGGAUUGUGAUGAUGGCUAAGAGUAGAAUCUGGUGAGACCAAGGCAGUGCCCUAAAACCUUGGGCUUAAAUCAAAUCCAUUUUGAUUGUCCAGAUGACAGCGGAAGGCAGAGAAAUUUCUGAGACUGGAUGUGAGGGUGACGGUUUUCUGGCAGCUCCGGUGUAUCCUAUCAGUCAUCCUGUCCAAGAAGAGCUUGGGGUUUCCAGGGAAGUGCCACAUGUGACCCAGGAUUCCUCCUAUGACUUCCCAGAGGAUGGUGGAACCAAUGUAGAGAGCAGCCCCCAAGAGGAAGCAAAGCCAAUGAAGGCACAGGUCCCCGAGCCUCUACCCUCAAAGCCUGCUCCAGGGAAAGGCCCUGCAGGUGAUGAGCCUGAGCCUUCUUCCGCAGCUCUUCGACAGGUAGUGGCUGAACGCACAGCAGAGAUGGAGCUGGAGAAGGUUAGAAUGGAAUUUGAACUGACCAGGCUGAAGUACCUACAUGAAGAGAAUGAACGCCAGCGACAACAUGAGGAGGUGAUGGAACAACUACACAGACAGGCACCACCCCAACUGUUCCCAGGAGGAUUCCAAGACCUUCUGCUCCCCCAGAACCAGUUUGCCAUGUUCCUGUACUGCUUCAUCUUUAUUCACAUCAUCUACAUAACCAAGGAGAUGGUUUUCUUCCUCUUCACCAAGCAUUACCUCUUCUGCAUUGCUGCCAUUCUACUCUGUUUGAUUAAAACCUUAUGGUCUUAUGUCCAUGUGCCCCCCUGCUCUACCUACCUGACGGUCUACCACGGAAACUUAACUACCACAUAGGCAAAGUUGGCAUCCCUUUUCUUGUUCUGAUUCCUCUUUGUUUGGUGUCUUGCCUUUCAUUCUCAGUUACCAGAUGAUUCCACCACUCCCAAAUGUGUUCUGAAGAUAGGGAUAAACCUCUGUUCCUGUG